UAUUUGAUAAAUAGCAUUUCAUAGAGUAGGCAUUCAAAUUUUCCCCGACAUUUUCUCAACACUUUGAAAUUAGUAAAUUAAUUAUAUUAUUAAUUUUUAAUAUACCACCGGUUUGUUGAUGACUCAAUCACAUGCAUCGCAAAGCAGCACUGCCUCCGCAGAAGCAUUCCUUUGCACCCUCAACAGUCUGCAUCCAUCCCUUCAAUUCACCAUGGAACUAGAGGGCGAUGGUAUAUUACCUUACUUGGGCACGACACUUAUAAAUAAGAACGGUCGGUUUGAAACGAAAGUCUAUAUCAAGCCAACGAACACCGGCCUUAUGCUCCAAUAUGAUAGUCAUGUAGACGUGAAGUAUAAGAAAUCGCUCGUCCUGACCAUGCUCAAUCGUGUCUUCCGUUUAUCAUCGUCAUGGAAGUUCUUCACCGAAGAAUGCGAACGCCUAAAGAAAACCUUCACUCGUCUGCGGUAUCCUAUAUCCUUGCUUGAAAACAUCAUAACGAAGUUCAUUGCCCAGCAAUGCGAAAGCGACGAUCGUCUCGCCGACGAAAGAAUCACCAAACCAGAUGUUGUGCGUAUUAUACUGCCGUUUAAAGACCAGAAAUCGGCAGACUCGGUGAGACGGCAACUUCGUAAUCUCGGCCAGACCAUCGGAAAACAAAUACAGCCAGUCUACACAAGCAGGAAGAUCGCCGCAGAUUUUCCAGCUGCAGAAACGAAGCCGCCUCUUGUGAAUCAGCAAUGCGUUGUUUAUCACUUUAAAUGUGAUCUGUGCGACGCAGAUUAUGUCGGUUACACUUGCCGACACUUACACCAACGCAUUGAUGAACACAAGUCGUCAGUUAUCGGAGAACAUGUGACAGAACAGCACGGCAAGGACACAAAGAACAUCGAGAAAAGCUUCAAAGUGUUAAGAAAAUGUCGGGGAAAUUUGAAUGCCUACUCUAUGAAAUGCUAUUUAUCAAAGAGCUUAAGCCUAGUCUGA